AUGGUCUCAACCCUCCAAGUUCACGGCUUUGCGGAUGCCUCCAACCUCGCCAUCGAGGCGGUAGUCUAUCUUCGGACGGAAAAACCAGGUACGGCUCCAGUCAUCUCCCGAGUGUGCGCCAAAACACGUGUCGCCCCACUUAAGACAGUGACUAUACCCAGACUUGAGCUAACAGCGACAGGGCUGUUGACGGAGCUCACCUCCUACGCCAUCAAAGAGCUGGAGCCAGCCCAACCAACCAUCUUCCUCAGAACGGACUCCUCGGUGGCUCUAGCAUGGGUUAAAUCCCAUCCAUCUCGCUGUAAAGAACACGUCCUACAUUGUGUUGUAAAAAUCCAAGAGGCCAUACCCAACGGAGCAUGGCUUCACAUCAGCGGAACAGACAACCCAGCAGACUAUGCCUUACGGGGGCUAUCACCGGAACACCUUCAUCACCAUCCUCUCUGGUGGAAUGGGCCACGAUGGAUCGUAUUGCCUCCACACCAUUGGCCAGUCUCGUCAGUCGGCUCCACGGCGGCGGCGGCGCUUGAGGAAAAGCUAUCCUCAGCAGAUCCAGUUGUCAUCGGCCCUCAGAAGGGCAAUGAACUCCUAGAGCGGCAUAACGAUCUCAACAAAAUUUUGCUAACUCCUUACCUAGACCACCAACAAAUCUUGCAGAUCGGCGGCCGUCUCCACAAUGCUCACCUGGACUUUGAGGAGAUCCAUCCAACGGUACUCCCACGACAUUCCAGAUUCACGGAUCUAGUCAUCGGAGAUGCACACCGACGGUCGCAUCACGGCAGAACCCAGCUCACUCUGGCUUUUACCAGGCAAAGGUAUUGGAUCAUCGGCGGCAGAGCUCGUGUGCGAAUACACAUCCAUCAAUAUGCUGUCUGUGUUCGGAACAGAGGAGAGCUCGCACAAUAA